AUGGGUGAGGAGGAUGUAGGACACAUGUUCUGCAUGUACCAGUACGAGGUUGGCACGCGAAGCCCGUCGCCAAUCUGCGCGACGGCAUUGGACUGCAACCCGCCGCUGACGGAUCCCUGCAAUCCACAGGAGCUCCUGAGGUGCGGAUGUGAUGCCAGGGUGGACGAGGUCUUUCCAAUGUCGAUCUUGGGCUUCAACCUGCAACAGGAGGACUCGGUCCACUUCCUACCAUAUGCACAGCUCUGCACUUUCGAUCUGAUAGGUCCGCGGAUCCUGAACCCCUUCUCGGAGCCCAUCAGCCAGGUUGUUUCCGCGAACCAGGACCAGGUCACAUACGAAGGCAUGACUUCGAUCGAGACAGGCCUCUAUCGAGUUUGCGCGAUCCACGUCGGCCGUCUUUACGAUGUUGGCCUCGUGGUGGUACGGCCCUCCUGUGCUGUUCCUCUGGUCCUGGUGGAUGGCGCCUGUGUGGAACAUUGUCCGAGGACGAAGAUCCCAGUGGCUGGCAAGUGCACGGCGCCUAGAGCCUGCGUCAUCGCUGUGGUAUGCGUGAUACAGCUGCUUUCCAUGCCCGGGACACACAGGCUCAUUCGCCGACUUGCCAUGCUGUCUGGAAGUGUUGCCGGCCUGCUGACGCAGCAGGACUACAUGCUGGCCAUCCGCAUGACAGACCCGUAUGAAAGCAGUGCAGCCCUUGUGAGAUUGCACAGGUAG